AUAAAUCCGUUAUUGUUUUAUUGUUUACUCUUUUCAAGAGAUGUAGUAUCGGUGUUCUGUAAAUUACAUUACAACUAAUUUAAAAUAAACAUUUUUUAUUUAAUUAUUAAUUUUAAAAUAAAUAAAAAAUGGAUCCCAGCGACUUAGAGGUCAAGAAUAUCGAAGACAUUUUAAUGAAUCGUGAAAAUGAAGAAGCCUUUUUUCAGAGGUUAUCUGCGUUCGUUGUUGAGACUAAAACUAAAGCUUCGAAUUUAAUUGAUACUUUUACUGCUAAACAAACCGAGGUACAGAAUAAAAUAAAAGUUAACAAAGACACCAUAAGCCAAUUACACAAUGCAAAUAAAGAAUUAGAUCAUCAAAUACAAAAUAUUAUUCUCUCUCAAAAAGUUGUCAGUAAAAAAAUCCAAAAUAAUAAACAACAAAUCGAACAAUUGCGAGAAGAAAUUGAGCACGAAAAAAAUAAAAAGGAAGAAUUGACUCUUGAAAUGGUUGAUUUGGAAGCUGGUCACGAAAAAGCAAAAGAACAAAAAAUAAAAGAAUGGAAUGCAUUGAAAAAAGCGGCGACAGUAUACAAAGAAAAAUUAAAUAUUCAUUUAGAUCUUAAAGUACUAGAGGAUUAUGAUCGUAUAAAAAUAACGUUUUUCUUCGAUCAAAAUCCAAGCAAAGAAUAUUAUUAUGUGCAUCUUUCAAAUUAUAAUAAUGCUGUUUGGAAAGUUGAAUUAAUAGUGCCAGAAUUAGACAGCGAUCAAUUAAAAAGUUUAAACAUUGAUCUAUCUAAAGACUACACUAUCCAGGAUAUUAUAAACUUCAUUCCUAAAAUACGAGCUAUGUUUAUCCAUCAGUUUUUCAGUCCUUAAUUAUUAUAUUUAAUAAAAAACAUGUAUUAUACAAGAUCUACGCUUAUUGUAAGUAAUUGAGUAUAUUUUCAUAAUUAACGGCUGUUAUUAUUAAAAAAUUAUUUUUUCUAAUUAAAAAUUUUUCAUAUAA